AUGAAAUUAACAAUGAAAAAGAAGUUUUUCAAUAGAUUUAUAAAAGUAUUUCAUUUAAUUCAUAGAAAGAAAUAUCAUCUAAAUGAAAAUGAAUUCCUAUCAGAAGAUCUUUAUGGAAUAUGUUCCACUAAUCUAUUUCCAAAAUGUAUAUUCAAUAAAGAAGGAUCUAUGAAAGGUGAUAAUGUUGAUGAUGAUGAUGAAGAUGAUGAUGAUGAUGAGGAGGAGGAGGAGGAGGAGGAGAAGGAGGAGGACAAUGAAAUCUCAUCGAUUUUUUCCAUAAGAACACAAAGUAUGCAACAUAAUUCGCUGAAUUCACAUCAGAAAAAGCAUGAUGUAAUUAAAUAUGUUCUAGGUGAUCCUCAAACAAUGAUGAAUCAUUUCACAAAGAAAAUUAAACAAAAAAUACCACAAUUAUCUCAUAAAAAUAUAAUGGAUAACACUAAAACAAAUGAAGUCUCUAUGGUGAACUUGAAUAACUUGACGACUCCUCUUCAUUCUCCUGCUCCUCCUCCUCCUCCUCCUCAACAACAACAACAACAUACUACUACUACUACUACUACUAGUACUGCGUCUUUGAAUGAGAAAUCAAUAAAGGAACUAUCCAAGAAGGAAUUAAAACGAAGACACAUGAACAAGGUUAAAACAAAUGAAGUCCCUAUGGAGAACUUGAAUAACUUGUCGAUUCUCCAACAACAACAACAACAUACGACUACAACUGCUACUAUUAGUAGUACUAGUACUUCUGUAAAUCAGAAAUCAACAAACGGACUAUCCAAGAAGGAAUUCAAACCAAAAGAUAUGGAUAAUGUUAAAACAAGAAAUGAAGUCACUAUGGAGAACUUGAAUAACUUGACCCCUCCUCCUCAACAACCACAACCUACUUCUCCUCCUUCCCCUUCUCCUCCUCCUCCUCCUCCUCCUACUACUACUAGUACUACUACUACUACUACUACUACUACUACUACUACUACUACUACUACUUUGAAUGAGAAAUCAAUAAAGGAACAAUCCAAGAAGAAAUUAAAACCAAAACAUAUGGAUAAUGUUAAAACAAAUGAGGUCCCUAUGGAAAACUUGAAUAACUUGACGACUCCUCUUCCUCCUCCUCCUCCUCAACAACAACAACAACAUACUACUACUACUAGCAGUACUGCGUCUUUGAAUGAGAAAUCAAUAAAGGAACAAUCCAAGAAGAAAUUAAAACCAAAACAUAUGGAUAAUGUUAAAAUAAAUGAGGUCCCUAUGGAGAACUUGAAUGACUUGACUCCUCCUCCUCCUCAACAACAACAACAACAACAACAACAACAACAACAACAACCAUAUGCUACUACUACUUCUUUGAAUGAGAAAUCCACAAAGGAACUAUCCAAGAAUGAAUUCAAAUCAAAACCUAAUUAUAAACAAAAAAAAGAUAAAAUCUCAAAGAAAACAAUCUCUUCUAAUAAAAUUCAUCAACAGAUUGAUGAAGACAAAUCGAAAUGUAAAAAGACGAAACAAUCUGAUAUAUCUAAACAGAUUAUAAAUCAACACUUAAUUGAUAAACUAAUUACUACAUCAAAUACAAUAUCCAAUAUAAAUGAUCUAAAUAUUCAAAGAGAUGAUAAUAUAAUGGAACAAUUGGAUCCAUUGAAUGUUCAAGAUAAAUUAAAAUCAAAUACAAUGAAACAAUCUAAUGAUCAUUUUAUUCAUAAUGAAAUAAUUAAUCAAUCAAUGAGAAUACCAUCAGUAAGUCUUGAAGAGACUUCAAAUAAAAUGAAUCCAACGGAAUUAAUCAAUGUAAUAAAAUCUAUUGAAUCCAUUCAUUAUCCAAUUAAUGUAACCAUGGCAACAAUUGAUCAUAUAAAUAUUCCAUUAACAACAAAUAAUCAAUAUAUUGAAAAAGAUUUAAAUUAUAUUAAAACAUUUAAUCAUAUUAUUAAUUAUAUUGAUUUAAUAUAUCAUAAUAAUCAUAAACAAAUUGAUUAUGUUAUAGAGAAAGACAAUAAAGAUCAAAACUUGGUUGAUGUACAUGACAACAACAAUGAUAAUCAUUAUAACAUCUCUACCAGAUUAAAAGACAAUAGUAUUCAAACAGAUCAAGAACCAACAGAAAUAUCGAUCUGUCAUAUAGAUCAUCCAAAUGAGAUCUUAUCGAAACAAACUCAUCAGAUACAAAAAAUAACAAAAGAUUAUCUUGACAAUAAUUAUAAGAAUAAAUUAAGAAGUAUUCAUAAUGCACAGAAUAGAUCUAUACAAGAGAAAGAUUAUAUACAUUGUAAAGUAUUCAAUGAUGAAUCAUCCAGUGAAACUAUUUCACAACAAACAUAUUCAUCAAUCUAUAAUAAUGAUUAUCGAUGUCAAUAUACACAAUGGUAUAAUAAUCAACCAUAUAAUCAUGAUCAUGAUCAUCAUCAUCAUGAUCAUCAUCAUCAUGAUCAUGAUCAUCGUCAUGAUUAUUCAAUUCAUCACAACUGUAUGCUUAAUGAUAUGAUGAAAUCUUCACGAUUAUAUCCAUAUUAUUGUAAACAAUCGAAUAUAAAUCAAUUUAAACAUCAUAAUGGAUGUUACCAUGGCAACUCUUGUAAACAGACCUAUUUCAAUAAACAUCGAUAUUCUCAUCUAAAACGAUAUUUAUCUCCUCAAAUGAUAAAAUUAUUAAGGAAACAAUCCAAGUAUAGAUUACCAUCUAGAGAUAGAGAACAAUAUUGUAAAUGUACAACAUCAAAUUAUCAACCAUUUAAUGAAUAUGAUCCUUCUAUGAAUCUUCAUUCAUUGACUAAUCCUAUAGCAUUAAAUCGAUUCAAUACAAUACAACAAUCACAGUUGAUGAAUAACAUGACAAAUCCUAUAAAUAUACAACCAUGGUAUGGUACGUUAAGCUUACCAAUUAUAAGACAACCAAGAGUUAUCAUAAGACAUAUACCAAUACCAAUGAUUAUACCAUAUUGUACUCCUAUGAAUUCAUAUUCAUUAUCUAACAUGAAUCCUUAUGUUUAUCCUCAUAAUAUAACUUCUAAUAUAUCACAACCAAUACAUUAUGGUUUACCAUAUUAUCAAUAUACAUGAUAUGUAC